AUGGAGCUGCCCUUUCUCCACGCUGUGAACCUGCCUUGGGACGACCGAGACGUGGUGCCACAGCCCCAGCCUCCGUGGAUGGAGAUCUCCGCCGACUCCGGGCCCUGGGUGCUGCCCCUCUACCCCGUAUGCGGAGAGUCCGCAGGCCCCCACGGCACUUAUAAUGGGCAACUGCUUUCCAGUCCUUGUUGGCAGCUGCCCUCGGUCCACGAGCGGUACAGAGUCUUAAGCGGAACCCAGAGCCCCCGGGAGCCAAGCGCAGCGCAGCCCAGUCCCGGCUUCGAGGCGGGGACUUGGAGGACGCCCCCAGAACCUGCCGGAGCUCCCGAGCCCACAAAGGACACCGCGUCCCAGCACCUUCAGGUGGCCCUGCCGCCGGAUGGCGAAGACACACCCGAGCCCACCCAGACCUGUGACAGCGCGCAACCUUCAGAGUGCCGCCCACCUCCGGCCCCCGCUGGGUGGCGCCCGCAGCCCUUUUCCUGGGGCUGCCUGCAGUGGCCACCGCUGUCCGGCUCCAGCGCGGCUGAUUUCUCCGGUUUCUCUCCGGCCCCUGUGGCCGUGGGCGCAGAGCCCGAGGGGGCGGCGGCUGCGCGCUGA